AUGUCGUCUCACGAGCAGUUUCUUGCUGAUGUAGAGGCUGACUUGGCUCGUCUCACCUCGGUAUUAUUAGAGGUGGAAGAGGAGGAGGAGGAGGGAGACAUAGUUCAGGAUGACACAGUAGUUGAACAAGUUGUGUCUAAUACUACAUCAAGAGUAGUUACAGAAAGUGAAAUAAGCAAUUCCAGUUCGUUAAAGAAAGAACCAGAAAGUUUAAUCAUCAAUUCCAGAUCAUUAAAUGACGAAACAAAGAGUAAAAUUAGCAACUCUAACUCACCAAAGGGAGAAACAGAAAGUAAAACUAGCAACUCUAAAUCACUAGAAAGAGAAAGUGAACCUGACCACACAUUGACUGGAAAUACCAGUACGAUAGGCACCACCGAGGAAGAAAUGACUGAUUUAGCGUCUCUGGACCCGACUGAAGGAGAUAUUCCUGAUUUAGCGUCUCUGCUGCGAGACCAUGAAGCACUCCUCCUUCAAAUAGACAGAGUUCUCCAGAAGAAGGAUGUGCCGGAGGGGGAGGAGGGUAACGGGGAGUACGAACAGUUCAACGUACAGACCUCAGAACUGUUAAAUGACCCAGUGGAAGAGGCGGAGGAGGAAGAGGAGGACUAUUUCAAAGGAAUGAACCAGUUUGUAGACUCUGAUACACAGGUGGAUGUGGAGCGGCUGUAUGAUGUCCUGGAGAUGAACCUUCAGUAUCAGGACUUUAUCUCAAAACUUAACGGAGAGGUGGAGAAACGACUCCACAAAAAUAGAGACAAGCAGAAGCAGAUGGGAGAGGAGGAGGAUCACUUGUUCCUUGUUUCACAAGGUUUGCUGGAUAAAGACAGCCGCUCAAGAGCUCUCAACUCAAAGAUUAUCUCCCUACAGCGCUUCAAGGCCCCUUAUUUCUCCAACUACUACAAAAUAGGACCUCGUUUGAACGCAGACCAGCUCAAUCUAGCUAAUAAUCCGAGAUACCAGGUGUUUAUGUACGAGUCUGGGUGGGGUAAGAACGAUCGUAACAACUUAUUGGAGUGUUUGAGGAGCUCAGUGAUAGAGGAGAAGAUGAGUGAUGUCAUGUGUGGGGGUAAGAGAGGGAGAGAGGAGGGGGACCUGGAGCUGUACCAUGAACAGUUACAGAGCAGUCCUCCAGAGGAGCUGUUCUCAUCAGUAGAUAUAGACUCCUGGUCACCCCUCCACUGGCAGGAGGUGGUACAGUCCAUGUCCUCCCUCUCUGCAAUCAGAUCAGGUGCAGACUGUGCCAAUCAGUGGAACAACUACCUCUCCCCACGUGUUAAGAAGGGGGAGUGGACCGCUAAAGAAGACAAAAUGUUAGAGCAGCUGGUUAGUCAGCAUGGUACAAACUCCUGGGGACUAAUAGCCUCGUCUCUUAAAACAGGUAGAAAGGGCUGGCAGUGUUUACAGCGACACAUCAAGGUCAGGAAGAGACAGUUCACAAGCUGGAAUGUCAGCGAUGAUAAGCACAUUACUGACGCUGUCAUGAUCUACGGAGAGUCCUCCUUUUCGGAUUUGUCGUAUUACAUGGGGGAUAAAAACAGUGACCAAUGUUUGCAGAGGUGGCGAUACUCCCUCCGACCACAGAUCAGGAGGGGGAAGUGGACUAACGAGGAGGAUGAGGAGGUCAUGAACAUUGUAUCAGAGCAUGGGUUUGAUUGGCAGAAAAUAAAGGACGUUCAGUCACACCGGACCAGAGCCCAGGUGAGGGAAAGAGUGCGAAUACUGACUGCUAAGGAUAAGUCAGGGAGUAAUGGUGGGGCUAAGCACUGGAGUGUAGAGGAGACCUUCCUUCUCAUGAGUCUAAUAAAGAAACACGGGGCUAAGAGCUGGGCGGCUAUCAGAAAAGAUUUCCAACUCAAAUAUACGGCCCCUGUUCUGUUCAGACGCUGGGAUAGAAUUCAGAAGUUGUUAAACGGCUCAUGCAAGAGAAUACACCUGCCCUGGGAGCGCACUGUUAUGAACGAGCUCCUUCGCCCCAAGAGAUACCUGACUAAAGCUUUACAAGAGGAGCUAGGAGACAUGUUACCUGGAGCCGAGGAGAAGGUUAAGAUAGAGGAGAUACUAGAACGUUGUAAAAUACACGGCAGAACUGCACUUUAUAAGACAGAGCUGAAGAGAAGGGUACAAGAGCUGACGGGAGAGGAGGUAGAGGAGGAUCCUCCUCAUUUCCUCCCCCUCAUUAGAAACAAAAAUACUGACUCAAAUCACAGCGUCCACAAUUUACUGCGCUCAAACGCCGGAAGCAUCUACAAGAAGGCGUUCGAGGUGGGAAACGACGCUGAGUUCAAAAUGUAUUAUACUCCUCCUUCCUCUACUACUUUAUCAGCUUUUAGAAACCUCCUCGUGGAUCACCUCCCCAACCUACAGGAACAAGCUGGUGUGCGUCCCCACCAACAAGCUAUUCUACCCGAACCUCUACUUAAUAGUGAAGAGUUUCGUGUUCUGUCAGCUCGCUUCAAAUCACUCUUCUCCUGGCCGCUUAUCAUGGGAGAAACACCUGUUUGAUAAUAUCUGGCCACUUUUUAAUAGUUCUAUAUAAUUCAUUCGAAGCCACAUAAAUAGAUCGAUCAAAAUCUGACUGCGUUACUUUUGUCCUUCAAAUACGACAAAUAUUGAGAGUUUUAUUUUGUGAAAAUGGUUUUCUUGGUUUACUGAUGUAAUGAUUUUUAACGUAUUUGGAUACCUCAACAAAGUGUAUAUGAAUAUAUAUUGAUAUUUCAAGGGUGAUAAUUAACUUGUCCAUUGUUAAUGGACUGACCCGGCACGCGUUACCUAGCAUGUAGGCUUAUUGUUUUGUGUUUAUAUAACCUACCAAGACGCGAGACGAGUUGGACUCGUCGACAGUCUUCUAAUAGUAAUAUUUGCAAUUUGCUCUGCUAAUUAACAGUCUUCUAAAAUGAACAUUU